AUGGUCAGUACGCGCCUGACUAGGAGGUCAGAGGCAGAGAUAGGCUUCCGUGCCCGCAGAAGCAAGGCCGCAUCCGCCAGAGCAGAGGCAUCCUCCUCAUCGGCCAAGGCUCCGCGAACCCUUCAAUCGGAUGAGAACGCUCCACUCGGACGACGCGUCCUCGGCGAUGUUAAGAACGUUGUUGCUGAGAGCAAAGCUGUCAACGAGUCUCGCAGCCCGCGUCGAAAGCCAUUGAGCGACCGCAAUGCGUCAAUUCCCGUUACUACCAGCCUCGUUUCGGACAAAGCCAAACAGGCCCGAGGAUCGCGUAAGGAUGCUUCAAAAAUUCGUACUGAUGAUGAUAAUUUCGAGAGCAUGUUCAUGAUGCCAACGAAGUCCAGGUCGGGGCGAAACUUGGCUGAGCCGAAAACCGCACCUGCUCCAAAAGCAGCAGCCUCGGGAUCGCGACGGGCGCGGCAACCAAGCUCGAAGACCGACAAGGAGGGUGCAUUGGCCUCUCAGAUCGAAGCCGCAUCUCGACUCGCAAGCAAGGCUGGUCCAAGCCACGACAAGCUCACUCGCCUUUCUGCGGACCUCGAUAGCGACGACCUGGAAUACUUCGAGGUUAGCGCUUUGGAGCAGCCAACACAGAUAGCGAAGGUCGCGACUAAGACAGCGAAGCGCGAUCAAGCUCCACGGUCAGAAGACAAGGACUCCGACGAGAACCUAUCACCAUCGCAAGGUUCAUUCGGAUCGUCGGACAAGGAAAACGUGCCUCCACCGACAGCCCUUUCGAGGACGGCUGCCCACAACCGCACGGCUGCGUACACUCGUACAGGCGUGCUCGGCUCGAUUGAAAGGAGCCAGCCGACUCAUUCAACUCCACUCACGUCGAAGGCUCAAGCUGUCAAGGGCCAAAAAUUGAGGCCUAGAUAUCUUGAUGACGUCUUCCUCCAGGCGUAUAGCAGCUCGAGCCAGGCGGACUCCCCUGGCGUUGCGCGCCGAGCCGAAGUGCUGCCUGCAUCGAGUAAGCUGCUGCUCGAGUAUCAGGAGCAAGGUGUCUCCAAAGUCAUGGCUUGGAAGGCUGCAGGCCAUGACGAAGCCCGCAAGGCCCGCGGGAAUUCGUCAGACUCGGGCAUUGACGCCGGCAGCGUCGCUUCCUGGCCUUCCAGAGGCGAUCCUGGUAUUGCAGCAGACGGUCAUGAACGUGACUUCGAUGGCGAUGACAUGGACGAGUUUGGUUUCCUUACUGCCGAGCACAAGGUCCGGGCCAGACGCGCACGAGAACGUGUCGAAUCUCUCCAAAGCUCCAAGCCUGCCGGGGGCGACGACAGUGAUGCCUUGGAGGAUCUUCCUUCGGAGCCACCACCGGUCAAUACCGCGAGCGACGACCAUCGUCUCGCGGAGCAGGCUUUUGGGCUCAUGUCAUCUCCUGCUGUUCAACGCCGGACAGCAUCGUCGCCGACUCUUGAGCCCGGUUCCGUCAUGCUUAUCGGUGAUCACGAACUCGACGAUGUGCAGCGGUCCGAGCCUAGUGUAGAUGGCGACGAUCAAGAGGAGGUCAGAGUGGAAGACGAAGUGUCGAAGCGCGUAACGAGGGGGAGCAUGAAGCGGAAGAGCGAUGCCGCAGCAGCUGCGGUAGCGGAGGCAGCUGAUGAGGAGAUCUCGGCUCCAUCAUCCCUCUCGCUGGAGUUGUCACCGCGAAAGUCCAGCCAGAAGGCGAAUAAAGCGAGGAAGUCGGUGGCUGGCAUCCCUUUGAGGAAGACUGAGAAAAAAGAACAAGCCGUGCUGGAGAUGCUCGCGGCACAACCUUCGUCUUCGCCGGCAAAUUCUGAUGCUUCUUACUCGCCUCGUGUGGAGAGAAGUGCAAAGAGAAGCGCAGGAUCACCUGCAACAAAGAAAUAUCACAUGGACGAAAUCCUCGAUCUCCUCCCUCUCCGCAAGCGAAACACAUCCAGCUUCAAGGCGAAAGCGUCUCAAUCGAAGAAGAAAACGACCAGCACUAGUCGCAAAGGCAGAGCAACCAGUGUUGCGCGCGCCUCGAACAGCCGCAGCACAGGCAACAAAGGAAAAGGCCGCGCGGUCCAAGGCGACGAUGACGACGACGACGAGUCCGUUGACGGAAACGCAACGCGCAGCAAGCCAAAGCGACCCGCAGCCCCCAAGGCGAAACGAGGAAAGGCUCGCGCUGAGCCGGACAGCACUGAAGACGAAGCUGUCUCUUCGUCCCAAAUUCACUCCGACGACUCGAGUCGCACCAGGCGACUCAAGGAGUUUCGGGCGAUCCAGAAAUACCAUUUGGAGGUCGAGGAGGUUCUCUGA